AUGAACGUGCUGGAGCUGCUGAAGAUUUGCGACAACCUCAAGCACCUGAAACGGACCGGAUGGACGAAGUUUAAGAUCGACGAGCCCGAAACGGUGGCGUGCCACAUGUACCGGAUGGCCGUGCUGUCGAUGGCGCUGGAGGGCCAAAUCCCCGGGCUCGACGUCAAUCGAUGCGUUCGGAUGAGCCUGGUGCACGACAUUGCCGAGGCGAUCGUCGGCGACAUCACCCCGCAUUGCGGCGUCACCGAGGAGGACAAGCACUCGCUGGAGCAUAAGGCGAUGCAAAAAAUCGCCACCUACCUGCCGGCGGAGACGGGGGAGGACUGGGUGCAGCUGUGGCGAGAGUACGAGGGUCGCACCACCAAGGAGGCACAGGUGGUCUUCCACCUCGACAAAUUCGACAUGAUCGCCCAGGCGUUUGACUACGAGCAGAAAUAUGACGUCGACCUCUCGCAGUUCUUCUCCUCCACCGUCGGCAAAUUCACGAUGGCCCCAUUUACCGCGUGGGAUCGAGAGCUUCGCGAGCGGCGUCAACAAUGGAUAGAUUCAAAGGCCGCG